CCAAAGAACCAAAGUGUGGUUGAAUUGAUGGUGAAAUCGAUUUAAUUUCUCCGAAAACGAACCAGUCACUGAUCAUUUAUCAAUAAUGUCGACUACUGGUAAUAUUUCUAUUGAAAGCUCUAACACUCUUUCGCUACCAGGUCGCCGUAUUCCUAAUGGAACAACUAUCGGAAAAACAUUGAAUGGAUUCAACAAGCAGAAUGAAAGUACGGAGCACCAGAAAUCUUCCUACGAGCAGGUUCCAUUACAUACAGCAUGUUUCACUUAUCUUGGAUUCUAUUUGUUGAUGAUACUGGGUUACAUCAACCAAUUAUUCUUCACGCCCAAAGUAGCAACAGAAAAGUUCCGGGAUGGCUAUGUUCCGUUGUAUGAUGCCUUUGAAAAAUUCUACCUACGCUAUGUUUAUAGGCGUGUGAAGGAUUGUUGGAAUCGUCCUAUUUGCAGUGUUCCUGGGUCAGAGGUAGUGCUGAAGGAUAGAAUUACUAAAGAUUAUGGCUGGUCAUUUGAAUUUACUGGGACGGAAACGAAAUGUUUGAACUUGGGUUCAUAUAAUUACUUAGGAUUUGCGCAGAACGAGGGACCCUGUGCUGAUGAUGCAGAAGAGUGCAUCUGGAGCUAUGGUUUAGCUGCUUGUAGCUCCCGUAGAGAAUUAGGCACCAAUCCGCUACACCACGAACUCGAAGCAUUGACUGCGAAAUUUUUGGGCGUCGAAGAUGCAAUUGUUUUUGGUAUGGGAUUUGCCACCAAUUCGCUUAACAUUCCAACUUUGAUUUCUCCUGGCUGUCUGGUGGUUAGUGAUGAGAAAAAUCACGCCUCGAUCAUCUUGGGAUUGAGGCUGUCUGGUGCAACUCCCAAAGUGUUCAAGCACAACAAUAUGAAAGAUUUGGAGCGGGUGCUGAAAGACUCCAUUGUCACAGGUCAACCGGGAACUGGAAACCCCUGGAAAAAGAUUCUAAUCAUCGUGGAGGGCGUGUUCAGUAUGGAGGGGUCAAUAGUGAAGUUGCCGGAGAUAAUUGAGCUGAAAAAAAAGUACAAAGCCUAUAUUUACCUAGACGAAGCCCAUAGCAUUGGUGCCAUGGGUCCAUCUGGAAGAGGCGUAUUAGACUACUAUGGAGUUGAUCCUAACGAUAUAGAUAUUUUGAUGGGCACUUUUACCAAAAGCUUCGGUUCUGCUGGUGGCUACAUUGCUGGAAACAAGAAACUGAUAAACUUCUUGCGCGUUCAUAGUCAUGCUCACUGUUAUGCGAGUUCAAUGUCACCACCGGUGGCACAACAAAUUUUGACAUCGAUGAAAAUUAUUCUUGGCAUGGAUAGCAGCAAUGAAGGCAAGCAUCGUAUUUCUCAACUAGCGAGAAAUACGCGCUACUUCAGGAAACGAUUGGCACAAAUUGGAGUUAUCACGUAUGGCCAUGAGGAUUCGCCUGUAGUUCCAAUGUUGGUGUAUUUGUUUUCAAAAAUCGGAGCUGUGGUCAGAACAUUGACCGCAAGAAACAUUGCUGUUGUUGGUGUCGGAUUUCCAGCAACUCCAAUCAUGGAAGGCCGCAUCCGAUUUUGCCUAUCAGCAGCCCAUACCAAAGAACAGUUGGACUAUGCUCUUUCAGUUAUUGACGACAUAAGCGACACAUUGGGGUUAAAAUAUUCCCGCAAACCAAGAAAUCCUCAUCCAAUUGAUUACUAAUCAACUAAGACCUAUCAGUUGUGUUCAUUUUUGUGAAUCGGUUCUUUUGAUUAUUCCAUACCCUGCUUAUAAGCUACAAAUAAAUGAAGCUUGUAUUGGAAA